CUUUCGGGUCCUCUUUCCGGCUUCCGGUCCGUCGGUGUUUCUGUCCCGGCCUGCUACAGCCUGGGGAUGUCGCGGCGGGCCUUGAGGCGGCUACGGGGGGAGCUGCGCGGGCAGGCGCUGCCGGAGGCCGAGGAGGAGGAGGAAGAGCAGGGGCGGCUCCCGGCGGGGCCUGGGCGGGACGGAGCGGGCGCCAGGCGGAGGAAGCCCCGGCAAGAGGCGGCCGGGCGCGUCGCCAACCUCUUCGAGCUGAUAACCAGUGAUGAUCCUGAGGCUGAGCCAGCAUCCAUUGAGGAAAGCGAUGAUUCUAGACUGCAAGAGGAGAGCCACACAGGGAACAAAGAAGAAGCUGAAUGUGAAUGUCUGGCAAAUGACAGGGGGAAAGAUGGAGAAGUGAUGGAUCAACUGGACAAGAUGGCUGUAUCGAGUAACAAAUCACGAAAGAAGAAGAAGAAAAGAAAGAAUAAGAAGAAUGGAGCAGGCGAGGCUCCCUGCCCUCUGGACAAAGACGAUGAUGCAGAAGAUGUUGAGAGCAUCCUGGUGAGGCUUGAGAGCUCCGCUGGGCCGUGGUGUCAGAGCCAAGGCAGGGUCAUCACGGACAGUCGGCCGCUGCUUUAUGUAGAGCGCAGGAACUUGAAUCCAGAAACUGAGCUGAAGAGAUAUUUUGGAGCCCGAGCAGUUCUAGGCGAUCAGAGACCAAGGCAGAGGCAGCGGUCGCAUCUCCGAAGCACGUGGCUGAUGGUGCCCAAGAGCACUUGGCCGCGCCACAGCAAAACAGGUCUCUCCAUGCAGCUGCUCGAGUCCAAGCGGGGGGUGCAGCACUUUGCCUUUGAGCACCACCGAGAGUACCGGCAAGUGCAGUUCAAGUUCUUGGAUGCGGUGGAGUCCAUGGAUCCCAACAACCUUGUGCUUCUGCUCCAGGCAAACCCUUACCACGUGGACUCACUGCUGCAGCUCAGCGAUGUGUGUCGGAUGCAGGAAGACCAGGAGAUGGCCAGAGACCUCGUGGAAAGGGCUCUCCACACUCUGGAGUGCGCCUCCCACCCCUUGUUCAGCCUCACCAGUGGGACUUGCAGGCUUGACUACCGGAGGCCAGAGAACAGAGCUUUCUAUCUGGCCCUCUUCAAACACAUGAUUUUCCUGGAGAAGAGAGGGUGUCCUCGCACUGCUCUGGAGUUCUGCAAGCUCAUCCUCAGCCUGGACCCAGAAAAUGACCCGUUGUGCAUGCUGCUGAUAAUUGAUUUACUGUCUCUGCGAGCGAAGGAGUAUGCCUUUCUGACACGUGUCUUCCAGGACUGGGAGAGGCAGCGGAACCUCUCUCAGCUGCCCAACUUUGCCUUCUCAGUCCCUCUGGCUUACUUCUUCCUGAGCCAGCAGGAAGAGGUCUUGGAAGCAGAGUCAAGCCAAGCUCACGAGAAAGCCUCCAGUCUCAUACGGCAGGCGCUGAUCAUGUUCCCCAGUGUUCUGAUGCCUUUGCUGGAUCACUGCAGCGUGCAACCGGACGCGAUGGUGGCUUCCCACGUGUUCUUCGGACCAAAUGCCCAGUUAAGCUCACCUCCUGCCCUGAACCAGCUGGUCGCCCUCUACCUGGGGCGGACUCACUUCCUAUGGAAGGACCCGGCCGUCAUGGCCUGGCUGGAAUCGAAUGUGCACGAAGUGUUGCGGAUGGUGGACGCCAACAACCCAGCUUUGGAAGAGGCCGAGCAGAAGCGGAAGGUGCGGUACCAGAGUGCUCCCAGGAGCAUCUACCGCCACGUGAUCCUCUCGGAGAUCAGGGAAGCCACUGCAGCACUGCCUCUGGAAGUGACUUCUCAGCCUAUCAUGGGGUUUGAUCCGCUGCCACCGCUAGACUCCAUUGUGUCGUACACACGGCCAGAAAGGGCCAGUCGUCCAUCCAACGAAAGCACUUUGUCGCUCUUCUUUCGCUCACUGCUACCGAAUUUCAACCUACAGGGAGAAGUUGGAGCUGCUGGAGCGGAGGAGCCGGGUGCAGGGCAGGAUCUGAACCAGGGGGUGAACAGACUGAUGGCAGCCAUGCGUGACAUGCUGGCCAACAUCCAGUUCCAGGAGCCGCUGCGUGAUGACAAUCCUGAGGGGGACGGAGGAGAGUGGGACUGA